UGAUCUUUAUUAAUACGCUACCCUUUUAUUUAUCAGUUCAUGCAUACUUAACUGCAAAUAGUGGUCAAUUCCGUUUAGUUUAAAUGGUCAAAGAGUUGUAUGUAAGCACGGUAGACUGAAUCGCGGACCGCCCGGCGCGGAUGAAGUGGAUCACCAGAGCGCGACGAAAAGUAAUUUGUACAAAAAACUGAAUUCAACUCAUUGCGAAUGCUCUGUUGUUCGUGAUGUUUUGUCCGACCGCACAAUAUAUCGAUGGUCAUUGUUGCUAGACGUUUUUACGGUACUCGGACUAAACCGCGCCGGUAACGAUCAGAAUUUGCAGUGAACUUUCAGUUUUGCUUUAGUUGUUGCCUCAGGAAAAGUUUGUAACAUAAACUUGACUAGAUAGUUUGUUUGCGGUGCGUUAUUGCAAAAAAAAGCUAAAGAAGUGUUGGUUUCGGAAUAUGGGAGUUUUAAAGUGGUUGCGGCGGGAACGAUAUACGGUAGCAGCGCGGCAAGUUGACACAGAAUCAACAGACGAUCAGCCACCAGCCACAACACAAGGCACCAUCCGCACCGAACAAUACAAACGAGAUUUAGCGGAGUUCCAAGCGAGGAGAUCUCUAGGUAAAGAAGAGCCACAGAAUAUUACUCCAGUAAGACGGAAAUGUGGAAGACAUUCCCUGCCCGCCUCCUGCACAGACUGCACCGGAGGAGAUCCAGACACGACAUUUAAUUACGAAAAGAAUUCCGCAGCUAAAUACAAAAAGAAGUCACGCAACGCUAGACGAGCUAGUCUAGACGAUAAAUUACCUAAUAUACAGUUCUUGUUCCAAAAUCAGGUGUUCAUGCCAGGCAAUAUGUAUUCCGGUUCAUUCUCCGAGUCAGCAAAAGCUCGCUAUCAAAAGAGAUCCCAAAGAUCACCAGAUAUAGAUUCAGUACAGAGACAUAUAGAUUUCAAGGAUGAAGAAUUAAAAUCGCCGUCUUUAUUCCUUAAGAAUGACUCUUUGCCGUGUGAUGUGAAGAAGUUUAUCGAAGGUUCCAAAAAAAUUGACGAUGUUGAUGGAAUGUCUUCUAGUCACAAUUCCGUUAGGGAAUUAAAUAAUGAUAACAGCUGUGAAGAGAAAAUGUGGGAGGUGAUGAACGAGCUGAAGAACUUCGACCAGUGGGCUGACGAUCAGCUGCAAGGGCAGUCAGCUAACACCACCAAGUCUGAUGAUACUAAAAGUGACGUAAGCGCUUAUGGGCUGGCUGUGACAAGUUCUAGUAAUAUGAGUGUGACAUUGGACAAAAGUAGGUCUUGGAACACUGGCAAGUGGGGUCUAGUACCCGUACAGAUAAAGAAACUGCACGGAGUCACCAUUGAUCAUGUUAAAAAGAAACAAAACACAGAGAUAAAUAUACUGAGAAAAUUUCGACACCCGAACAUAAUUCUGCUAAUGGGGUUGUACACGGACAUUCAUAAUAAUGUCAACAUAAUCUGCGAGAGAUGUAUGGACUCGCUGUAUGGAAUACUACAUGUACAGGGUCGUAUCUUAAGUGCCCAGACGUCAGUCCAGUACGCACUGGAUAUCGCGAACGCGCUACUUUUCCUACGUAUGCAGGGCUACGUGCACUCGCGUCUGUCCAGUGCCAGCGUGCUCGUGACGUCACACGGCACAGCCAAGCUGGCCGACGUCGCUCCAUGUCUACGACUCAGCAACAAGAAGAGAGAAAUUAAAGAGUACGAGUUUACACCUGAGCCUCAAUAUGUUAAUAUACAAGAUACAUCAGGUUCAGUGCCAGCGGAUAGCGAGCUGUUACUACCUCAGACGGUAUCCGAAGUGUACCUAACUUCUAACGCGGUAGCUCAGGAGUACUCUACCUACAGAGAUAGCUCGCACUACCGCUGGUUAGCGCCGGAGCUAUUCGAGCCGGACGCACUCGGGCAGGUCUACCCCUGCUCUAAAAGUGAUGUAUAUUCACUAUGUCUUAUACUAUGGGAGUGCUGUAAUGCGACAAUCCCAUGGAAGACAUUGAAGUAUGACAAACUGAAAGAGUUGUACCUGACAUGGAAGACCGGCAUCAGACUGCCGCAGGAUGGCUCCUACCCGGGCGCGUUACUGGCUACCUUGCAGGAUGGUCUGCAACUAGCACGAGACCAGAGGACAGACCUGCAGACCUUGCAGACCACGCUUCAAACACUAAAGAGCGACCUUGAUGACAUGGAGUAUAUCAUAAUAGCGACGAGAUUCCCUAAAACGAUAUCCAAUUUUAGUAACCAGAGCUGGGACACCACCUCGCCAACUGACUCCGAAGGCACCAGCGCCAGGAUACGGCACAAAGUGGUCGUACACAAGCAAAAUACUUCUACAGAUAGCGACAAAGACUCGCAAACACUCACAAGCCCAUUAUACGAAACAUUAAGAAGAACACAAAUAGAAACAAUUAAACAACCAGAAAAAUGUUUCAUAUCCGACGAUGAGACAGUCACAGAUAAUCUCCAGCCGUUCCUCAAAUUCCAACAUCUACCAGAUAAUGACUUCUCGAGCGUCUGUUCGACUCCAGUUCAAACUAAAAUACAACCUAGAAUUAAAGAACUCGGUACACCUGUGUUACAUAAAAGUGAUUCUACUGAAUAUUGCAGUAUUUUAAGUCCGGAUACACGAGGUUUUAGUCUUACUUGCAGCGAUACUAAAGACAAAAGUGAACGUUCCACUACGAAGUUAAGCCGCAGUUUCACUCCGCAAUCUUACAAACCUUUACAUAUUAAAGUACCUGAUUUCAAGUUGGAUACACUUAAAUCUAUUGUCAAAGAUAAUGAACGUAAUGAAAGGUCUUCGUAUAAUUUUGAUAUAAAGCAUUACAGUCUGCCGGCCACACCGAUAGCUAGGAGUAACAAAUUAAGAAAGAAUGCUUGGCUAUCUGGUGAUUUUAGUGGACAGGAGAAGAGUGCGGAGAAAGUCCGGGAGAGAACUUCAGUCAAAGAAGCGUAUGAGAAAGAGACUCAAACAUCUCCAAUGGUGGGGCUGGGGUCAGGUAACGAGGCGGAUGCGGAGAGCUCGUGCUCCAAGGCCGCCACCCCGCCGCGCUCCCCGCACGCACCGCAUGCAUCGCACGCAUCGCACGCACUGCACGCACCGCGCUCGCCCGGCGCUGCCAGCGACAACACUGCUAGAGACAGCUACACAGGACUUAAACGCGUGGAGCCACCGCAUGAUUUCCUAAUACCCGAGGACCCGGAGCCCCGGCCCCGGGCCAACUCAUGGUCUCUCCGGUACCGAGACACCUUCAGCUCGAAGGGCAAGGCGGAGGAGCUGGCCAAUGUGAACGUGAAGCCGCUGGUCGCGAUACACGAGCGCUGGAUACAUGAGGCUAAUAGGAAGACCACGCGCUCUCUGUCAUUGCCCGAAGAUAAUAAGAGUGAGGUGCGCGCGGUAAAGCCGGCAUCCCACUGUGUAGCGAUGACGUCAUCAGUGUCCGCGUUACCCGGCCCCGGUGUCAGACAAGUGCGUACCAACUACCGCCUGCCGCCGCCACCAAACAAGAACGGUCAUCCAUGGGAUCAGUGCUACCAUACACGAGACGCGAUGUCAAAAAGCGUUAAUUUCGCUUUUGAUACUGACAGUUGUCAUACAUGGAAGAAAGACAGCAGUAGAGGGUCUUCAAGUUCGUUUGACGUAAAAGAAUCGAAAGUAGACCAGUCUACUAGUACUCGAAGUAUUGAAGAAUUUAUACGAGAACUUAUUAGAAAAGAGUUCCAAAAUCAUGAAUUCGACGAUACAUCUGCAAGAAACGAGGAAAUGAUAAACAAAGGUGUAACGAAUGUUCUAGAAGGUUUGAAAUCUGACGAAUCAGACAAAAAGGAAACUGUCAAAUCAUUUUCCAGAGUUAAAAUUAACGGUAACAAUAAACCAUUACUUCAAAUAACUUUUAGUAGAUCCGGAGAGAAUAGUCUACAAGUUUUGGAUAACUGCGUGAAUGUUACUAUAUGUGAUACUAACUCUGGCAAAGACAAACUGCAGGAUGAAGAGAUUCCUCUUGAAGAUUUACAAGUCAAUUCAUUGAAACGAUGUCAAGCUUUCAAUGCUAUUCAGGAAGCUCGCAGUACCGAGGACUUGUACAUUGACGACGAUCUAUCAACACAAAUGCAAGAGAACUUUGGCGGGAAAGUGAAACUGAUUCCCCUGCACGGCUCUCUGCAUGAAAUACUUUGCGAGAAAGAGGACGAUUGCUGUCUUAUUAAAGUGAAGCAAGAAAACGGCUGUGAUACAAUAUAUUUCAGAUGUGAUAACUCUGAUACUGAAUCUAGAGAUGCUAUCGACGGCUUAAGAGAAAACGGACCACAAGACACCGUUGUCUUCAAACGAAGUAUCUCUCUGAUAGAGGAACGCAUACAACGCGUUAUAUCAAAAGAUAAACGACCAAUAACAAUAAGAAAACGUAUAGAAAACAAAGCACGACCAAAAUCGGAUUUCUUUCCCAAAAUUACUAAAGAAACUCGUGUUUUAAGUAAUAGCAGUCCCUCGCUUAUUAUGAAAGAUAGGAAAAAUGAUGAAGUCGAAGUGAAUAUUGAAAAUGUCAUGUGCUAUCAGGAUUCCUCGUCUGAUGAAUGUUUGAAAUAUUCUGAAAAUGACGACUUUGAAAUAUUAGAAAGGGAAAUUGAAGAAGAUAUUGCUAAUAGUAAUCUGACUUCUUUGAAUAGUAAAUGUUUGGAGAAAAUAUCUGAGGAAAAUUUGUCUGUUAUAAAUGAUUGAGUAACAGAUGACGGGAUAUUAGUUGUUAGGAACGAGUGCUAUUUUCGGUGAUUAAAUCCAAAUAUUAAAACUUAACACUUUUUUCUACGUACUUUUAAGACAGUCGCUUGAAUAAUUAAGCUGAUUGUGUGAAUUGACCAAUAUGAACAAAAUAACACGGUUUGAAACCUAAAUAAAUUUUCUUUUGGAUUUGAAAGUAUUUUGCGGCCAAAUCAUAUAAAUCAAAAAGUUAAAGGGCUUAUAUAAAAAUAUUUUUAUAUAUACUUAACUGAUUAGCCAUAAUUUCUAAUAUGAUUCCGUCCAAACGGCUCGCAUUUAGAGAAUCCAAAGAUCUUAAAUAUUUUGAUAGAAUUUUGUUGUUUAAAUAACUCGAUAUAAUCCAAGUCGGUAGCGUCUUACAAAAGUUCGUGCGGCGUCUACGCGUAAGCGACGAGUGUACGCCGCGAUGUCGACGAGUAACCGUUGAUUUCUAAGAUCAAAAGCUCUGUAUAAAACAUAUCGUCAUGUUUGACAAAACAGAGAAAAUAAUAUUUAAACGGAGAUUAUGGUCUCAGAAACCUAUGGUUAGAGAAAUAAAGUAUCAAAAAUGACACGUCUCAAACGCGUGGAUGUCGGGGUUAUGACGCGUUGCUGGGAGACGCUAUGAUCAUAAUUAAUGUCGUAAGAUUUGUCUAAAUUAAGUUACUUUAAUAUAAGUUAAAGAUCAAGGCUAUGUGAUUUUUAAAGUAAGUAACACGUUACGUUCCACUGUUGUGAUGUAGAUUAGCUUUUUAAAUAAGAUUUUUAUAUUAAUAUCUUUUCGCACAAUAUUAUUUAACUUAUAUUUUGGUGUUUUUAUAAUCUUUAGGCUUUACUUAAUCCUUUUUUUUUUGUUGAAACAAAAUAAUCAUUUUGGUUCAAAAAUACCAAAAAAUUAAUUAAUUUUUAAUCAGCACUAAGUUUAUAGAGAAUUCUUUUUUUACUUUUUUUAUAGUUUUUGCAUGAACCAAAGUAAUUUGUUGCAUAACAUACAAAAUAAAGGUUUUUUUGUUACAUUAUUUUAUAAAAUCUUUAAAAUGGCGUGGUCAUGGAUCUUAUGCACGCUGGUACGUCGGGUCAAACUUAACAUUCCAAAUUAUACGUCGAGUUAUUUGAUUGUAAAAAUAUCUGUUGUUGAUAAAUAAAAAUUCUAAAAUUA